UCGAUAUAGUGUAAGAAGGCAAGAGGCAUAGCAGCAAUUGCAUUCGCACAUUAAAAUAUUAAUGAAGAAAUGGCUACACUAUUAAAAGUAGCCACCAGAACGCUUCGCGGUACUUUUUGGCAAACGCGUAGCCUAACGACAACCACUCCAUUGAGUAUCAAAGAAAUACACGAGAAGCGGGAAAGCAAUGCACUUGUCUACGAGGGAGUCGAUGUGGUUUCACCCCGUCUGGACAAGAUGCUGAAACCGGCAUGCGACAGCACCUUUUGCCCCGAGUGCACUUUAGGCUUGGACAUUAAGCAUACGGAUGUGCUCAUUCUUUCUCAAUAUGUGCGCUCCGACGGCUGCAUGUUGCCAAGGCGCAUAACCAAAUUGUGUCACCGACAGCAGAAGAAAAUGGGCACUUUAGUUACCAUGGCUCAGAAAGCGGGCUUGAUGCCCAAUCUGGCGCCGUCAUGGAGUAAAAAAGAUCCGAAGAUGCGAUUUGGUUGGCGCAAGUUUAACAAGUAUUUCUUGGAGUCAACGAUUAAAUACUAAAGCUAGUCAAAAUACCACAAUAAAUGUUUUCCAUUUUA